CGAUGGAAGGGCAAAGUCGCACUGGUGACAGGUGCGAGUUCGGGGAUCGGUGCAGCAACCGCGUUUAAAUUGGCUAAAGCUGGCAUGAAGGUCGCUGCAUGCGCAAGGCGGGCCGAUCGCAUCCAGCAAAUGGUGGAGGAAUUGGGAGAUGACGGCUCAAUGAUGGCCAUAAAGUGCGACCUGACCAACGAUGAGGACGUGGAUGCAAUGUUUUCUCAAAUCAUGGAAACAUGGGGAGGCAUUGACGUAUGCAUCAACAAUGCCGCUUUGUGUGGACCAGUGAAGAUAACGGAUGGAGAUCGGAAGGAGUGGAGGAAACUGUUCGAUUUGAACGUUAUUGCUUAUUGCUACUGUUCGAAGAAGACAGUGGAAUCCUUGAAGGUGAGGGAUUGCGACGAGGGACACAUCAUCAACAUCUGCAGCAUCGGCGGUCAUCGGGUUUUUGAGCCGAUCCCCAAGCAUUAUAACGUAACGAAAUUUGCCGUGACUGCCAUCACAGAAUCCCUACGACUGGAGCUGAAGGAAACGAAGAGGAAUAUCCGAGCAUCGGAUCAUGGAGCGGUGGAAGGGCCGAGUAGCACUUGUGACGGGUGCGAAUGCAGGGAUUGGUGCUGCUAUUGCUAUGAAGUUGGCUAUGACAGGCAUGAAGGUCGCUGCAUGUGCCAGAAGGGUCGAUUCUAUCCAGAAUUGGGAGAUAAAGGCAAGAUGAUGGCCAUCAAGUGCGACCUGACCAACGAUGAGGAACAAGUAUCUCCAGGGGUGGUAAGGACGGAGAUGUUGGAUCACGUGCCAGAAGACCUUCUGACCCUCGUGAUGUCGGACAUGGAUCCCCUACUAGCCGAGGACAUAGCCAAUGCUGUGGAGUUCAUCAUCUCUGCUCCUCCUCAUUUCGAGGCGCGCAUGGAGCGAUGGAAGGGUAAAGUAGCACUUGUGACAGGUGCAAGUUCAGGGAUCGGUGCAGCUAUUGCCAUGAAGUUGGCCAAGGCAGGCAUGAAGGUGGCUGCAUGUGCCAGGAGGGUCGAUCGCAUCCAGCAAAUGAUGGUAAAAUUGGGAGAUAAAGGCACGAUGUUGCCCAUCAAGUGCGACCUGACCAACGAUGAGGAAGUUGAUGCCAUGUUUUCCCAAAUCAUGGGAACAUGGGGUGGAAUUGACGUCGUCAUAUCUUUAAAUUCAGAUGGUGACCGGAAGGAUUGGAGAUAUUUGCUCAAUCUGAAUGUAAUUGCACUGUGUUAUUGCUCCAAAAGAACGGUGGAGUCCUUGAAAGAGAGGGAUUGCGACGAGGGACACAUAAUCAAUAUUUGCAGCAUUGCUGGGCAUUGGGUGUACAAUGUGGACCCAAAUCUGUACAACAUAUCCAAGUUCGCUGUUACGGCUGUGACGGAAUCUCUUAGACUGGAGCUGAAAGAGACGAAGAAAAACAUCCGAGCAUCGCAUCUCACUUUCAGAAUUAAAGACAUUGCCAGUUGCGUAUUUUCUCGAAAGCAAAUAAGUCCGGGGCUCGUGUGGACGGAAAUGGUUGAGAACCACUUACCGAAAGAUCGACAGGCCGAGCUCAAAUCAAAAAUGGAUCCAUUGCAAGCCGAAGACAUUGCUAAUGCCGUCGAGUUCAUGCUUUCUGCUCCACCCCAUGUAGAGGUGAACGACAUGAUCAUCUGGCCGACACGGCAGAAAAUGCAAGAAUUCUCCAAUCAUAUCGACUUCGCUCCUGCCGUGAGGAUCUGAGUGCUUCCCAGUGUAGUGAUGUAUAGCACCACGGUGGAGGGUAAUAAAGCUAACACAGUGAUGAAAGCGAUCUCCGCAUUAGUGAGUCUUCAUGGUAAUGCCCGAGUGAGUCACAAGUGAGUGUCUCCUGAGCAUGGCCUUCCGGACCUUGCGAGGCUAUGUGCGGCUUGAAUGACAGCGUUGGAUUGCUGCGUCCAUGUGGACGUGAGUGGGAGAGUUCAUGCCGUUCUGCACCGAUGAAAAUUAGUGUUGCACCUAGCAUGAUG